AUGCUUCCUACAUCUUUUAUCAAUUAUUGGAAACCAAAAUUAGGUAAUACACUACGAUUAACUGCAUAUGAUGGUAUAAUCGUCAUAGUACAAUUAGAAAGAAUUGACGGAGAAAUAUAUCUGGCUAAUGGAUGGGAAGAAUUUUUUUAUCAUCAUAACUUACAGGAUGGUUAUGUUGUAGUAUUUGAAUCUAAUGAAAAUUCAAUGUUGAAUAUGAGGAUAUUUGAUCAUUCUAGAGUAGAGAUUACAUAUGGCUCAAAUUAUGAAGUAGACGACGACGAUUUAAAUAUGGAUAAUCCUGCGUUUGAAGUAAAACUUUCACUGGAUCAUAACAACCAUCGAGAAAUUAUAGUCUAUACCAAGAAAGUUUGCAAAACAUCAUUUGCCAAGACAUGCGCAAAAUGUUCGAAUCCUCGACUCUUUACUUCACUACUAGGAUAUCACCGCAAAUUCAAGAGAAAAUGGUAUUUGACAGAUUUAGACGAUAGAAACACCCCAAGUGAAAAAAGGCAAGAAAAUGUUGAGAAAAGCAUCCAUACAAACUCGCUUGAGGAAAAUCCGUUGCCUCCAGCAAAUAGAGCCCUUUUCAAAUCUUCCAAUGAUGCUUCAAAUUCAAAUGUUACUUCUGACAUAAAUCCGUUUGCUCCAAAGCAAAAGAUAGAGUGA